AUGGGCAUCGAGCGGAUCCUGGCUUCCUCAGAGAGGGACUUCGUAGCAAAGUCUGUGGACUACAUCGAGGAGUGCAUCGCCAAGCAUCAGAGCCAGGGUCGCAGUACAAAUUUUGUGUUGGGCCUCUCUGCAUCCAAUGGCCGUGUCCGACGAGCGAGGCAGGCAGACGUUUGGUCCACGUUGGCUGGCCGGACCAGCAUCGACUGGUCGCGCGUGUGCGUCUUCUUGGUCGAUGAGCGCUACGGGUGGCAUUGCGAAGAGGAGAGCAACUCCUUCCUUAUCCGUGACACGCUCAUCAAGAACUUGAAUCGGCGGAGUGCGGGAUUUCCAGAGUCCAAUCUGAUCUUGCCGAGCACCGGCCUAGACUCGGCGCUGGCAUGUGCCGAGGAUUACCAGAGCCGGCUUUGCGACAUGCUGGAGAAGGAGCAUGGCCCUCACCUGGUUACCAUCGGCUUAGGCUCGGACGGACACAUCGCCAGCGUAUUCCCGGAGUGGUACAAGGCCGUCCCGGAGCGUUGGAGCACUGCUACUCAGAAGACGCGCGGCGUCCUGGUCACAGAAACCUCUGAGUUUGAGGUGAGGACGAGGAUCUGCGUAAAUCUUCGUGUUAUCCGGGAGGCGAGCAACAUCCUCGUGACACUACAAGAGGGUUCUGAAGAGGCCUGGACAAAUGUAAAGCGCUCUUUCGACGAGGAGCGUUUCGGUGAGAAACGAUUCGCAAAGCGAGCGAAGGUGGUUGAGCCAACGGGUGUUGUCGUCUCGACAGAUGGGUUUCUCAUGGUGCAUGCCAAGGGCCGCAAGCCCAAGCCCGCUCCGAAACCACCUGAUUCUCCUUUACACUACGUCUUGAGGUACAGCAACAUUUCUGCAAUGCAGCUGUCCCUGGACAAGGAAACCCACUACUCCUUUGUGGUGAUGGGAGCAGCCGGCGAUCUCGCAAAAAAAAAGACUUUUCCAUCGCUGUUUCAGCUGCACCUUGGGCGGCUGCUGCCAGGCAGCAUGAAGAUCAUCGGCGUCGACGAUCCGAAGUUCCAUACGGAUGUGACGAGCGUGUCAGACUUCUGGGAAAAGCGAUUGCGUGAAUACCUCGAGAAGCAGAAAGGCUGGGUCAACGAGGACGUGGAGAGCUUCAAACAACGUUUGCAUUUCGUCCACGUGCAGUUGGACCAGCCGGAGACAAUGAGCGCCUUGGACAGGAGACUGCAAGAGCUGGCUGAGGGUCGUGCAAAGGAGCAUCGCGUCUUCUACUUGGCUCUGCCACCCUUUCUUUUUGCGCAAGCCGUGGAGCACUUGAGAGAGCGAUGCUGGUCUAAGACCGGAUGGAAUCGUGUGGUGGUCGAGAAGCCCUUUGGCAAGAACGGCGCCGAAGCUGCGGCGUUGUCGAACAGCUUGAAGAAGUACUUGGAUGAGAAGGAGAUCUUCCGGAUGGAUCACUACUUGGCGAAAACAUUGGUCCUGAACUUGUUGACCUUACGUUUCGCGAAUCGGGAGUUGGGACAUCUGUUCCACUGCCAUCACGUUGCAAACGUGCGAAUCACAUUCAAGGAGGCCAUCGGUGUCCAAGGACGUGCAGGGUAUUUCGACGGUUACGGCAUCAUCCGCGACAUCAUGCAGAAUCACCUCAUGCAGGUGUUGACUUUGGUUGCCAUGGAGGCCCCAGCAACACUUGAAGCUGAAGAUGUCCGCGAUGAGAAGGUCAAAGUGCUAAAGCAAAUCAGGCCAAUUGCGCCACGUGAUUGCGUCAUUGGCCAGUACGACGGCUACCAAGCAGAUCCUGACAUUCAGAAAAUCAAUCUCAAGCAAGGUUAUGCAUCUCGGUGUCCGACAUUUGCGGUAGCAGUGCUCUACCUUGACAACGAACGCUGGUCUGGAGUUCCCUUUAUCAUGAAAGCCGGCAAAGGUUUGGAGGUCCAUCAGACAAUUGUGCGGAUACAGUUCAAGAAGGCUCCGCCAAGUAGCCUGUUUGGUGAGCAACCUCAAAAUGAGCUUGUGAUACGCAUCCAGCCCAAUGAGGCCAUCUAUUACAAGAUGCUUGCGAAGAUGCCUGGCCUGACGCAGCAGGCUCGCGAUGUCGAGCAGACCGUUCUGGAUCUGGAUCUCAAGAAGCGCUUUGAGCUCAGACGGACUCCAGAGGCCUAUGAGAAGCUGAUCCACGAUGUGAUCCAGGGCGAAAGCCACAACUUCGUGAGGCGGGAUGAGCUUGAGCAGGCCUGGCGAAUAUUCGAUCCGUUGCUGACAACUCUCGAGAAAGAGGAGAAGCGAGAGCCAGAACGCUACACUUUGGGCAGCCGGGGUCCGCUCAAGGCUGACAUGCUCAUUGACCGAAUGGGCUUUAGGCGAUACACAGUCACUGGAGUACCCGGCUUCGCGGAGGAUGAUUUCGAUUGA